UUGUAAUACGUAAGGCGGUGACAUUUAUACGAGAAGAGCUUAAUUAUACUACAUGUAUGUACAAUUAGAUAGGGAAAUAUGUUGCAUAUGAAAGAAAAGUUAUCAUUUAAAAACAAGUGAUUCAUACAAAGAUGAAACACACGUUAAACUUUACAAAUAUUUGUUCUAGUUCUAAAAAAAUAAUUAUUUCGGAACCGUUUGGAAUGUAACAUGGAUCAGUGCACUUCAGAAAAGGAUACAUAAAAACAGUGAAAACAAUAAUGCAAGGGCCAGAUAAAGAACGUAAGCGCAGCUUGCAAAGUGACCGGAAAUCACACGCAACGAGUAUUGAUGUAAAAACUUUAACAGAGACUGGCAAUAAUAUCGGUAAUGGUCACAACCCAGGAAAGAGAAAUUCUACGGCGAUUGGGAGUGGAGUUGCUGCCAGAUAUAGGCGGUAUUCUUUAGCUUCUUUACAAGGCUGGGCUUCUCCUUUAUCAGUAACCAGUUCCAUUUCUGAGAGUCCAUUUGAAGACGAGGAUGGUGAUAACAACACUGAAGUUGAGUUUGAAGAGGAAUGCCCUAUACUGUACAAGAUUAAUGAUUCGCCACCAAUAUAUUUGACACUUUUCUUCGCAUUUCAGCAAAGUCUAAUCUCUAUUGUUGGGUCUAUCGUUCUCCCACUUUUGGUUGCUGAAGCCGCAUGUGCACUUGAAGACGGGGUGUUUAUAAGAAAACUCGUUAGUUCAACAUUCAUGCUGUCUGGUGUAACAACAUUCCUACAGGUCAUGUUUGGAAUCCGGCUACCUGUAUAUCAAGGACCAUCAGGUUCUUACGCUGUACCAAUUAUAGCUUUAAAUAAGAUGGAUGCGAGCAGGUGUGACGUAAAUGCUAUGUUUCCAGGAGUUCUGAAUUCUACAUCUAACAAUAUCACCGAAGCGGAUCUCCAAGAACAAUUAAUUGAUAUACGUGUUAGAGAGAUGAUGGGACCACUCAUCCUUGCAGGAUUUCUACAUUUUCUGAUUGGUGCUACGGGGCUUGUUGGCUUGUUACUUCGCUUUGUAGGCCCAAUAACAAUUGUUCCGACGAUUUUACUCAUAGGUUUAUAUAUCGUAAAACCGGCGAUGGAGUAUACGCAGGUCCAUUGGGGAAUUUCAUUUAUGACUUGGGGGAUAGGCGUAGUUCUUUCAAUGUAUCUAGGGCACAAACCUAUGAUUAUCCCGGCUUGGACCAGAAAGAAAGGAUUUCAUACAAUACGAUAUCCCCUUCAUCAAGUAUUUGCUAUUCUGAUUUCAAUAAUAACUGGAUGGGCUGUAUGCGGCAUCAUGACGGCAGCUGGGGCAUUUCCAACCGAUAAAACUAACAUACAAUACAAAGCCCGGACAGACGCUCGUGCAGACGUAAUAACUGAUUCGGAAUGGUUCUAUCUUCCUCACCCAGGACAAUUUGGCAGUCCCCUGUUCAGCGUCAGUGCUAUAGUAGGGUUCCUCAUUGCUACACUCACUUCCAUUCUUGAUUCUAUUGGCGAUUAUUACGCCACUGCAGCUAUAUGUAGAGUUCCACCACCACCAAGCCACGCUGUUAACAGAGGAAUAGCAGUGGAAGGUUUUUGUAGCAUGAUUUCUGGACUGUUUGGUGUAGGUCAUGCCACUACAACAUAUGGUGGUAACAUUGGCGCUAUUGGGAUGACAAAGGUAGCCAGCCGCCAUGUGUUUAUUGCAAUGUCUGUGAUUUAUGUUGUGUUGGGAAUCCUUGCCAAAGUGUCAGCGGUGUUUAUCAGUAUACCAUAUCCCGUUCUUGGAGGAGUGAUUAUCACUAUAAUUGGUGUGUUUGUUGGCGUGAACCUAUCUAACCUACAAGUUAUAGAUCUCUCAUCUACGAGAAAUUUAUCUAUUAUUGGUACAGCCGUGUUUGUUGGCCUGCUGGUUCCUACCUGGAUGGAAAAAAAUGCGAGUGCAAUUGAUACAGGAAACAACGGUUUAGACCAAGUAAUCGCAAUGUUUCUAGGAAAUCCAAAUUUCCUAGGCGGGUUUAUCGCAUGCUUCAUGGAUAAUACCAUUCCAGGAACGGACAAAGAAAGAGGCAUAUCUGCUUGGAAAAAUCCCUCGCCAGAAGAGAACUCUGCCAUUUUUAUUGAAGGGAAGGAAGUGUAUGAGCCGUUAAUUCCACAAUGUUUAAAGCGCCAAAAAUGUCUACGUUUUAUUCCUUUGUUUCCAAAAUAUAAUACUGACAAUGUCAUGAGCAAUGGGAAAAGUAAUGAAGGUUUUUCUGGCGAUAAUACGUAUGAAAAGAAUACAAAAUUAUAAACUAUGUUCUCGUUAUACAGUUUUCUUCAGUUAUUAUAAUUCGAUGUAACACGUGUUUUUUUGUAUUUAAAUAUACAUUGUGAAUCUAGAUUUUGCUUCUUUAUAUGUUCUAUAUUCUAAUUGCAUUUUAAAAUAAAGUUACAUAUCCUUGCCAAAUGAAAGUUCCUUAAUUGCGAUGUUUCUUUUAUAAGGAACAAAGAAA